AUGGCCAGUGUUCGAUCCAAAGGCCUUCACGAUGUGGUCAAAGCGGCAGUGCCUCUCCAAGAUCCCAACUACCGACGGGUUGCCGAUGAUAAGACAAUCCAUCCAGACGACGCCAUCCUUGUAGACCUAGCUGUCCAUAAGGAAGGUGUCCGCAGGGUUGUCCGCCAGUACGGACCUACCGGCUUUUUUCCCAUGAGCGACGAUGAUCCUGUGAUUCUCUCACAACACGGCGAAACAAUGGAAGACAAGAAGGUUGCUGCUUAUGAGGAUAUGUUGGAGAGGUAUUCUCGUUAUUUCCGUGAAGAACGCCGUCUCCUUGGCCCUAUGGCCAAAGUCUGGGUUGCUGAAAGGCUGGCUGGAAUUGAGAAUCAACUAUCGGUCCUUCGCCCGAGUCGCCUAGAGACCAUACGAAUUCGCUGUCCGAAAUAUAAAAGCCACCCUUGGGAGAUUAUCCAAGAGCUAGGUCUUGGGGAUGUCGUCAGAGAAGCAGUCCCUCUCGAAGUCCAAACGAUCUUUCAAGAAUCGGUUCAAGUCGACCUUGCCGUUGAGCCCAGCGGUAUCUCAAGGGUGCGCCGCCUGUGUGAGUUAGUCGAUUUUCAGAGGUUGAGUGAAGACGACCCAAUAAUCCAGAUGCAACGGGAUGGAGACCGUCGCAUAAGAAUGUUCAACGGAUACAAUCACGUCCUUCGGGUAUAUACAGGGGCUCGUACAUUGCGGCAGCUUGACGGGUCUUUGAUGCUUUGGUAUGAGAAAGAAAUUAAAGAUCUUGAGAGUCUCAUCGGUCGACUUGGGUAUGUCUAG